AUGCAGCAACAGCUUGAUCUUGGUCGUCAUGGUGUCAUAACUCGAACGCGGCUGCUUACGUGGCUUCAGAGCUACUAUUGCGCUCAAGAAGUAAUGGCUCGCGUGAAAGCUGAGCGUUCAAACAACCAGAUCGCUACAGAAAAUCGUAGGCCGCCGGAGCAGCGAGACGACAGCGUAUCCAUCAAGGCUAGUACUCGUGUUUCAGCGUCCAAGCACUUGUUGUGUCACCAGAGAGCGGACUGGAAUCAAAGGUAUCAUGCGCUGCAGCCUACAGACCCGACCGACGAUAAGCUCGCUGUCGGAUUGGAAGUAUCAGCUUUCCUCGCCGAGUUUCGCCAGGCUGCUGAAGCGCUCGUGAGCGAAAUUGUAGCUGAAAUGGUGUUGGAGGAUUCUGAGAAGACCUUGCGACCACAAACUCUCGAUGAUGAUGAGAUUUUUGCAACUGACGGAGUUCAACAGUACGGUGCCUUGUGCGAAAUGCUGUUCAAGUACGAACGCGAUGGGCUAUUAGUUUACCUAUGCUCAAGUAACCCGCCGAGUGGUUCAUCGCAGGAAAAGAGGCAAUAUUCAACUUCAAUGGCGAUAUUUCACAGAAUGGUAGGUCAUCAAAUCCGUGCUGCACGUGCAAUUCACAGUGCAGUGGAGGAUCUCGGAGAUGACUCGCAGCCAGGUUUGCGAGAUAUCGCGCUGCAAGUGCCCCUUCAGUGUACGGUGGACCACCUCGGGUUUCGGGCAUUUGUGAUCGCAUCUACGAGCUCAAGUGUAAAGAGCACGCGACAGAAUUUGGCAGGACAAGCGAAUCCGAAGCACCUCAACCAACUACGCGACCAGCUCAAAAUCGUGUUUGAUAACCUUGGGCUUUUGACGGAUAGUCUUGAGGGUUUUGGAGACGAUGACAAGAAGCUUAAUUCGCAAACUGGCCAACCCGCUCCUGCGUUUCUCCCCAUUUGCGCUGGAUUUACUACGGAAACUCGAAAUGGUGCAGCCGGAUUUGAGCUGCAGAACAUUUCGGAUCUCUUCCCAGCCGACGUAUCAAGCGAAGAACCCGACGAAAUUGCCCGCGAGGUCUUGCUAUACAAAAUGAGGCCAGAGUUUGUUCGGAUGUACGGGAAUAGUCUGCCCUUGCACUCCAACACUCAUGUUUCGGUCGAUCACGAGCCUCUUGCGAAUAAAAAUGCGUCAGACAAGUCCAAGCUAGAGGCCCAACUGCUCCAGCAAUCUGCUAUAAGCGCUCGUGAGUGUUUGCACACGAUCGUCAUCCCGGAAUUUGUAGCUGACUUGGAGAACGCAGCGGUUCAGGUAUUUGACAGCCGCUCACUAACUCGAGCAUUACAUGGAGAAGGCAUCAACGUGCGGUACCUUGCUUCUUGCUACGAGCUCGCGUCCCUGAAGCACGUUCGUCGAGUUUUGCUUGUGGAGAUGGUGGCUAGAGCCUGCAAAAUUGAACUCAGAGCGUCACUGCGAGCGAUUCUCCCUGACGCAACUGCAGCAAUCUUGAGGCAGGCAAAGUCGUCAGAUGACGACAUUCACCGCAACAUUGACCCUGCCACAGCUCGAGCUCUGGCGAAGUUGGCUCUUCAAGAGGAGGCUUCCCAAGUAACAGUUGAGUUCUUCAACCUUGUGCUCGGCAUCUCGUCUCCUGACUCGAAAACAUUUUGGGAGGAGCGGAUUCUGCCACAAGUGCAAGCCAAGUUCGGACUUUCACGUGAUGCGUUGAACCUGGAUACUAUCAUUAGUGAGGAUUUAUUUCACUUGCCGCAGUUAUUCCAUGCGCUUCAAUUCCAGACGGGGGUUUACUUCAGCGACCACAUGAACUACAACUUCAAAGGAGCGGAGCCACUUGCACUAGAGUAUAUGCAGUGCAUAAGCCCAACUACGGUGCUGUUGGCUCGGACUACGACUGACUGCGAACGAGUUCUGGAGAGCUCUGAUGUUUAUGUCGCUGCCAGAGAGUUCAGUAGUGCCUUAUCAAGUAUCCUGUUUCACAUCUCCAUUCUGGAAACGUCACCAAGCGACGAACGCAACCUGUCGCUUUGUCACUUGCUUACGUGCGCUGCCAACAUUUCACUAGCGAUGAAUCUGCGUGACCAAGCUAAGCAGCUAGCAACACUGGCGAUUGAAGACUCACCAAGUAAUCAUGCCGAGCUGACUCGAGCAUACACGGUUUUGAUGAAGUUGAAGCAUGCCGCUGGAGACUUAGCAGGAGCCCAGGAAUACUUUGCCAGGGCUUUGGAGCCUAUUCAGCGGCAUCUCGGUCCUUCCCACCCUCUGCUUUGUGAUACGUACAUGACCAUGACAGAGAUCCUUGGUGAUCUGGGAGAACCAGAACAAGCUGUGGAGAUCCUGCAGAGUUGUGUAGCACUGGUUCGAGAUUGCUUUGGUAAGACCAGUCUGCUGUAUGCAGAUAUUCGACGCCAACAAGGGAUGCUGAUGUGCACAGCCAACCCAACGGACGGUGAAGCCAUCAUGGGGGUACUGGAAGACGCCUUCUCUGUCUACGAAAAGCACUUCCAGGAUCCUGUGGACGACGUCCCGCUGUACAAGGACUUUGCAGCAGAGUGCUGCUACAUGCUAGCUAAUCUACGCAAACAAGUGAGCGGGGUUCAAGCAGCAGAAGCUGCGUAUGGGAUCGCCCUCAUAGGUCUGGGUUUGCGUAAGGAAGUCCUUCCAGCCGAUCACGAGGACAUGAUGAAGUCGUACCUGCAACUGGCGAGCUUGUCGCGAGAUCUCGGGGAGAUUUACCGAGCGGUCGAUUACUACAAGCCAGGCUUGGCGAUCUUAAAAACUAUUCACGACGACGAGCACAUUGAUCAGAUCCGCAGCGUGACUCAAGCGAUGUUACAGCUGCAUCUUCAAACGCUUUCACUGGAAAAGCGCAAUAUUGUCGACAAGACAGCGAAACGAUACGCCCAACAGUGGCCACGAUUUGCAUUGCUUUCUAGAAAAAUGCUUCCGGACGUGCCAACGAGUGGCCCCGCACCUGAGGACGACGUCGGGGAAGAGUCAGCACUGUUGAUCUUCGUCAUGAAGAAGCUCUUCCAGCUCGAGCCGAUCGAGUACGUCGAGCUACUGAUUGGGAAGACCGACCUCGAGUUCCAAGACUACCGCAAGCAGUACAAUCUCAACUUCGCCGGCACGUUGCGUCGCACCAACGUCGAUGCGCCGUCACCGCAGCCCGCCAUGUCGCGGUCCUCAAGCGGGCGAUUUGCUUCGUUCUCCGGAUCGGGCACCUUCUCCCCACCUGGAUCCCCUCGGUCGCCGCUCUCCCCAAUGCACCACCCGACACUGUUUGCUCCAUCCACACGCAGCGGCGGCCGCACGUCCUUCAACCAACUUGACUGCAAUUUCCUCAAAACCACGACUGGAGACUUUACCUUCGGGGGACAGCUUGCCGGGGUUCUCUUCCUGAUCGACCUCCCUGCAGCCAGUACAAGCACACCACCCCUCCCUUCGCCUCCCGUUCCAGUGUCCGAUGCCUAA